AUGCUCCUCCUUCUGCAAGCAGCGGGAAGGAAACUCGUUGCUAAUCAAGCAGCAGCAGCAACAACAACAGCAACAGCGGAAGGAGCUGCAGCAGCGACGGCAGCACCAGCAACCGCCACGGCUCAGCAGCGAGCGCAGCAGCAGCAGCAGCAGCAGCAACAGUUGCAGCCUCGCAGCAACAGCACCAACAGCAACAGCAGUGAGGGCAGCGCCAAAAAGUGCCUGAAGUCGUGCGUUUACGCAGCAGCAGCAGCAGCAGCGCAGCAGCAGCAGCAGCAGCAACAGCAGCAGCAGCAGCACAUGCGGCACAUGCAGGAUCGUUCAGAAGCAAAAGACAUGAGGCUUCGGUGGGUUGCUGCUGCAAACACGGCGAGCACCUCGCGCAUCAGCAGCAGCCUCCUCUGCGUCUCCAUAAGCGACGGCCUCACCUUCUGCAAACUCUUCUGCAGCAAAAAUGCUGCAGCUCCUCAGGGCGUUUUGCUGAAUUUGUCGCAAUAUCAGCCUCAGCUGCUGCUGCACAAAGCGCUGCUAACCUUUGAUAUCUUUCCUAACUUAUUGCUGUCUUUAGCGCAGCUGCAUGCAUUGGGGCUUUCGCAUGGUGAUGUUAAGACUGAAAACUUAGCUGUCUCCUCAUCUCUACAUCUCCUUCUUGUAGACUAUGCACCGUGGAAAGCUGUCUCCCUCAGCUUAAGAGACAUGCGUCUCUUCAGUCUCCUCUUCGAGGCCCCUCACAGAUUCCGCUGCUAUGUAGCACCCGAACGGUUUACAGACAAAGAGGAGACGCCGGGGCCUCUCACCGACUGUCUCCUUCUGCAGCAGUCAUCAGAAAUAUUUUCUCUGCACUGUACGCUGGCGGAGAUUCUUUUAAAUGGUGCAGAUGUUUUAGAUUUGCUGAGUCUCCUUGCGCUUAGAAAUUGGCUUGCUGCAGCAAAACAGCAGCAACAGCAGCAGCAACAGCAGCAGCAGCAGCAGCAGCAGCAACAGCAGGAACAAGCAGCGGAAGAUGGGGCGGCCGCCGUUGCGGAGGAGAAAGCGAAAGCUGCUGCUACCAGCAGCAAUAGCAGCAGCAGGAGCAACAGCAGCAACAGCAACAGCAGCAGCAGCAGCAGCAGCAAUAGUGGUGGCAGCAGCACGUCGCGUCGCCAGCGGAGCUCCGCAGGAGCAGCAGCAGCAGCAGCAGCAACUGCUACAUUGAGGGAAGAGAUGUUUGCUUCUCUUCCGGGGCUUCCUGCUGCUCCGCUGUCUCCUCCACCUCCUGCUGCUCUGCUGCAGGCUUUGGAGGGUGUCUCCUGCAGCAAGGCGCGUUUGCUGCUGCUGCAUGCGGGUUUGCUGCAGCAGCCUGAGAGUCGUCUGUCAGCGCAGCAGACGCUGCUGCUGUGGAUACGCCACAUCUUUCCUCCUUGUUUUAUGAACUACUUCUUGUGUCUCUUCUCUGUGCUGCUGCACCCCGCAUAUCAGCAGCCAGAUCUGCGACUGCUGCUGCUGAAGGAGCAUCUACCUGAUAUCUUCCUUGCGCUUUUAGAGCAAAGGCCUCAGCUGCAGCAGCAGCAACAGCAGCAGCAGCAGGAACAGCAGCAGGACCAAGACGACCAGCAACAGGUGCAGGAACAGCAGCAGCGGCAGAAAGAAGAACAGCAGCAGCAACAGCAGCUGCAGCACGAAGACGAGCAGCAGCAGCAGCAGCAGCAACAGACAGAGGCGCACGAACAGCUGCUGCUGCAGUUGUUGAGAGAAGCUGUGGUGCGGGAGACACUGGAGAUUGACGGCUGCACCGCACAGCAGACUGUCCUCAACAUGGCUGUGAGUAUGCCGCAAGAAUGUGCUGCUGCUGCUGCGCUGCUGGAUGCGUGGAGUACUGGCGGUGCUGCUGCAGCAGAAACAGCAGCAGCAGCAGCUGCUGCUGCAGCGGCGCCGCUAGCAGGGGGCCGGGACCUGCGUGCAGCAGCAGCAACAACAGCAGCAGCAGCAGCAGCUAACAUCGGCCAGGCGACGACGGAGGAGCGCUUCCUUGCUGCAGAAGCAGCACAAGAAGCAGCAGCAGCAGCAGCACUCAACAGCAGUCUCCCUCACCCUAACUUAACUCCUUAUAACGCCCGUCGCUUCGGCUGGGGCCUGAUGGAUAUCUGGGCCCGCUGCUAUGAAGCCACUGUCAUCUGCAAACGACCGGCUGUGGCGGUCCUGGAGGAGAUGGAGGGGAGGAAGCUGCGUCUUUAUGACGACCUCUUCAGACAGCAAGGCCAGCAUAACCCUUCUGCUGCUGCUGCUGCUACUGCUGCUGCUGUUGAUGCUGAGGGACUGGGGGACGGCAAGAGCUGCAGCAGCAGCAGCAGCAGCGGCAGCAGCAGCAGGCCGUUGUAUCCACCGUGGGAGAAGGUAGCGGAGCUUCUGGGCCCGCCUCAGCUGCCAGUGCAUUUGUUUUGUUCUGCUGCUGCUGCUGCUGCUGCAGCAGCAGCCAGCAGGGACUUGGGUGUGCCGUUUGUAGUGGUUUCAGGCGUCCCUACAGAGGAGACAGCUAGCUGCACCGGGUGUCUCCGCAGCAGCAGCGCGAUCAUUGUCUCUGAAGUUGUGGGGUUAGCGCUGCAGCAGACAAGCAGCGCUCGCGUCCGCGCUGCUGGGGUGUCUCUGUUGGGGUUUCUUUCACGUGUUGCUGCAACAGAUGUGCUGCUGCAGUCUCUGCUGCCGUUCCUUACUCAUCAUUUAGGAGACCCUUGCCCUACUGUGCGAGUUGCUGCCUUAAGGGGCCUUUCUGCUGCGCUGCUGCAGCUGCAUGCGGCGCUGCAGCAUGCAGCAGUCUGCCCUAAAGCAAACAGCCAGCAGCCCCUCUGUGGUUUAUGCGGUACGGCCUGCAGCAGCAACAGUCAGGGCCCUGCUGCUGCUGCUGCAGCUGCUGGUGCUACAACAGCAGCAGCAGCAGCAGCAGCACCCAAGUCCGGGGGAUCUCUUAGACGCGGUGGGAAGGGGACGCCGCCGAUGCCCCAGACACAGCAGCAGCAGCAGCAGCAACAGCAGCAGCAGGGAGGGCCGCUGCUGCGGGGUGCUGCAGCAGAAGGGGCUUCGCAUGCAGAUGCAGCAGCUUUAUUUUGCGGAUAUAUACUGCCUGCAAUCCACCGCCUUAGUGCUGCAGACCCAGAUGCUGCUGUUCGUGUCGCUGUUGCUGAGCUGCUGCCGCUGAUGCUGCUGGCAGUCAAGGCCUGCCUCCACGCUCAAGCCCUCUUAAACCUUCACAAAGAACAGCAGCAGCAGCAGCAGCAAAUGCAGCAGCAGCAGCAGCAGCAAAAGCAGCAGCUGCAGCAGAACAAGCAGCAGCAGCAGCAGCAGCGGGAAACAGCAUCUUCAGGACGCCCAGAGACGAACACUCCGCCUUCUGUGGCAGUCGAUCACUCAAGCCCAGCAGCAGCGGCUGCGAGUAUAAAAGCAAGCAGCAGCAGCAGCAGCAGCAGCAGCAGCGAGAAUGCACCCGUAAAGAACCCCAACGUCCUGGUGUCUCCAGCACCGACAGAAGCAGGGGCUGUGAUGCAGCAGCAAAGAAGUCUAGCUGAGGGCAGCACGCGGCCUGCUUCCCCUGCUGUUGCCCCUGCUGCUGCUGCAGCAGCAGGAGAAGCAGAUCCUGCUGCUGCUGCUGCUGCUGCGGAAGAGGGCCUGUGCAGCAGCAGCAGCUGCUCAACUCCCACUGCCUCCUGGGCCCCUCGUCAGCGCGAGGCGACCAAAGAGGAAGUGUCUCUGUCUUCUGUAUCUCAUCCGCGUACAUCAGCUGCUGCUGUAGCUGCUGCUGCCCCUGCUGCUCCAGCUGCUGCUGCUCCUGCUGCUUUAGGUGCUGCAGUAGGAGGCUCCGGUGGGGCUGCAACAGCUGGUCCCGGUGCUGCAGCAGGAGAUGAUUCAGCAGCAGCAGCAGGAACAGCAGCAGCAGCAGGAACAGCAGCAGCAGCAGGAACAGCAGCAGCAGCAGAUGCUGCUGCUGCUGCUGCUUCGUAUUAUGGAAUGUUAUCAGAGAAAUGUGAGCAGCAGCUAGAGACAGCCAUUAGCAAACUGCAAGCAGCAGUGCUGCCGACGCUGCAGCAGCAGCUAACGAGGAGACCCGUAGAGCAGCGGCUGGCGUUGCUGCGGCCUUUGCCGCUGCUAGCAGCAGUACUGGGGCCGCACCAGACACAUUCUUUGCUGCUGCCUUACCUCAUCGUACAGCUGAAUGAUGCAUGCUCGGGUGUACGUGCAGCUGUUGUUCGGUGUCUUGGGGGCUUGGGGGCUAUGGCGCUGCAGCAAACAGCAGAAAGCUGUAUAAUUCCUUGCUGCGAGCAGUGUCUGCAAGAUCCGCAUGAAGAAGUUGUUGCUGCUGCUGCUGCUGCAGUCGCGCAGCUAGCAGCAGAUGGUCUCCUUAAUCCUUCUUCAAAGGCAACCGAGAGGCUGCUAACCCGUCGCGUAGUUCCGCUGCUGCUGCUGCCCUCGCUGCUGCUGCGUGCUGUCCUGCUGCAGCUGUUGUCUGCUGUAGAACGUAGCUGGGGCGCAGCAAAGACAUACGCUGUGUUGCUGCCGCUGCUGCAGCCUGUGCUGCAGCGUCACUCCCGUUUGCUGCUGACUGGAGAGGUAGCAGCAGCGCUCCGUCCGCCCCUCUCCCCGCUGCUGCUGCAGCAGCUGCUGCAGCAGCAGCAGCAGCCAGGAUCAACAAGGGCCCGCAUGCUGUCUCUCCUCUUCUCUCCCCCUGUCUUAAAGGCUGCAGAGAGACAGCAAAGGAGACAGAGGCUCGGGCGCAGCAAACGGAGACACAGCAAAAAUAAACAACUACCUCAAACCACCAGCAGCACAAGCAGCAGCAGCAGCAGCGGCAGCAGCACCAGCAGCAGCGGAAGCAGCGGCAGCAGUGAUACCAGCUCCGGCAGCGAUAGCAGUGAUCAGGAAGGCCUCCGCCUGCUGCAGGAGGCUGAUGCAUGCAAAGAAUCUGCAGCUGCAGCAGCAGCAGCAGCAGCACUGACAUCCCCUAAGAAACUGCAGGGGUUGGGGCUUUGGAAGGAGCUGGUCAGGGAGGCGGAGAAGCAUGCUGCUGCUGCUGCUGCUGCUGCUGCUGGGGCUGCACAGUAUGCGGGAUCUGUGCCUAUGAUACAGGCGGCCCGGCAUGCAGCUAAGGAUCAGCUGCUGCAGCAGCAGCAAGCGAAAGCAGCAGCAGCUGUUGAUGAGCUUGUGGGGCUGCUGCAGAGUGUAGGCGCAGACAACCGCUAUGCUUUGCUGCUGCUGCUUCCAACAUUGCAUGCGCGGCGUCAGGCGUCUGCAGCAGCAGCAAACGCUGCAGCAGCUGCUGCUGCUGGAGAUGGACACGUGGGAGGCCUUGAAUGUCCCCUUAGCUGUGCCGUUGCAAUUGAGGGAUCAGCUGAGGAGACACCUGAAGUGUCUCCGCUGCAGCAGGCUGUCUCUGUGUCUCCCCUAUUACCCCGCUGCUGCACUGUGGGGCGGAGACAGACGGGGGCGCUCCUGCGGUAUAUGCUGCCCCAGAUAUCUGCAUCACGUCAGCUGCUGACUGCAACGCGGCUGUCUCCUGUCCCUCCUGUGUCUCCUCCUCUCAUUCGAGUGUCUCUGUGGGGUCUCCUUGCGGAGACACUGCUGCCGCAUGUGAUGCAAUUAGUGCUGCAGCAGCAGCUGCUGCUGCUGCAUGGCUGUCUCUGGCCUGAAGACGCCUCCCCCGCUAAGCACAGAGGCGGCAGCAGCAGAAGCAGCAGCAAAAACAGUAGCAGCAGCAAAACCCGCAGCAGCACAAGCCUCAACAGCCCCCCAGUCGAUUGCAGCAGCAGCAGCACAACUCCCGAGGCGCCGCCGCCGCCGCAGCAGCAGCAGCAGCAGCAGGUGCAGCAGUCUUUGGCGGAUGCUCUUUGCUGCGUGUCUCCUCCUGCAGUCUCUCAAGCUGCAGCAAAGGCUGCACUGACGGCAGCAACUGCAGCAGCAACAGCAGCAGCAGGAGCUCUAUCAAGACACCUGUGGAUGUCUCCGCCUCAGCCGCUGCUGCUGCAGUCCCUUCUAGGCCUCUCUACACACCGCAAGGACAACGCAGCUCAGUCUCUACAAACGAGCUGCGGCUCUGCUGUUGUCUCCCGGGGAUAUUUAUCAGUGCUGCUUGCUGCAGCAGUUCCUGGUGCUGCUGCUGCUGCCUUGCAUACACAGACUCCUACUCCUCCUGCUGUUUCUGCUGCACUGCAGCAGCUGCUGCAGCGUGCGGAUGCGGGAUCUGUACUAGGUCCUCGCAGCAGCAGCAGCAGCAGCAGCAGCAGCAGCGGGUGGAGUUUGGCUGCUGCAGCAGCGGCGACAGCAGCAGCAGCAGCAGCAGCAGCAGCAUCAGAGCGAGCAUCUCUAUCGGGUGCUAGGCGUCUCCUUCUAGGAGCUGCAGCACCUCGACUGUCUCCUCUCCGCCGCAGCACUUCUGCUGCAAGUGUUCCUCCUCCGCUGCAGCGGGACUGGCGCUGCGUGCUGCUGGGGCUUCCAAGGAGACCUUCUUUAGAAGUAGGAAAGCUAGAGAAGCCCAAUGAAAGCAGCUUAAGUCUUUAUCCUUAUCAGCAGCGCGUAGGAGAGGGGGUUGAGGGCUUUGCUGCUGCUGCAGAAAGGAGACUACAUUCUCUUGCUAGGGGGCUAGCAUCAUGGGCACCCUCAGCGCCGCCUCCUGCGAAGUCGCAGGAGACAAACAGCAGCAGCAGCAACAGCAGCAGCAACAGCAGCAGCAGCAGCAGCAUUAGUGGGUUGCCUGCCUCUUUGUCAGCGUCUCCUUCUCUAUCAGGACAUAGCCGCAGCGCUGCUGCUUGGGGUGUCUCCGCAGCUGUAGGAGGUGUCUCCGAUCUGCAGCGGACGGGGGCCUCCAGAGACCCUCUUCGCAGUGGUGAGGAGACAGCAGCUUUUAGCUUAGGUUGGGGUCGUGGGGCCCCCGAUCCAGCAGCAGCAGCAGGAGCAGCAGGAGCAUCAGCAGCAGGAGCAGCAGCUGCAGGAGCAGCAGCAGCAGCAGCAGCAGCAGCAGUAGGAGGCCCCUGUGUUGCUGCUGCUGCAGGGUCUCUGCCAGAUGUUUGCUGCUGGAGACCUAAGGGACAGUAUGUUCGCAGUUGGACAGAGUAUAGUGCUGCUACUCCUAGAGGAGGAGACAGCUUAAAGUUAGCAGCAACAGACGACGGAGCUGUUCUUGCUGCACUUCCUAUGAGGAUUAAGGGGGGGACAGUUAGAGCGUGGAGAGCUGCAGCAAUUGCUGCAUCUACAAGGC